UCAAACAACGGCGCCUCUGCGUUGGAAACUGAAAGGGGCUGAUCUGGGCUCUGUCGCCUGGCCGUUCGGGAUCAGGAGAAGAAUUUUUGGCCCCAGAUUGGAAGCAUGGAGCGGCUCCUUUCUUCCCAGUGCAGCAAGCUGCUCCAGGGCCCUUUAUUCCUGAGGGAAUUCUGCUCUUCAGCCGGCCGCUCUACCAGGCUAUCCUCUGGGAAGGGAGGCCUGUGGCCACCGAGCCCAGGCAAAUCUCAUUCCGGGACUCCGUCUGCCACAGGUCGGCCGGGCUCGGGCUUCCUGCCCAGUUUGGCUCCCGGACUCCUCCAGAGCCAUCACGCGGUGGCUCAUCCCUCACGUCGCUGGGCCUCGGAUGCCUCCUUUAACUUGCCUCCCAGUUCUGAAUUUGUGGCCCGGCCCGUUGGGAUCUGCUCCAUGAUGAGACUGCCCACACAGAGCUCACCUGAGGGGCUGGACGCAGCUUUUGUGGGCGUACCUCUGGACAUCGGCACCUCUAACCGCCCUGGGGCGAGGUUUGGACCUCGCCGCAUCCGGGAGGAGUCAGUAUUGUUGCGGAGGAUGAAUCCAAGCACUGGAGCCCUUCCUUUCCAAUCCCUCAUGGUAGCAGACCUAGGGGACGUGAACGUCAACCUUUACAACCUCCAAGACAGCUGUCGGCAAAUCCGAGAAGCCUACCAGAAAAUCGUAGCUUCCCACUGUAUUCCUCUCACCCUGGGUGGAGAUCACACAAUCACGUACCCCAUCUUGCAAGCAGUGGCAGAAAAAUACGGGCCAGUAGGGCUAGUGCACGUGGAUGCCCACACGGACACGGCUGACCAAGCCUUGGGAGAGAAGCUGUACCACGGGACUCCCUUUCGCCGGUGUGUGGACGAAGGAAUCCUGGACUGCAAGCGAGUGGUGCAGAUUGGCAUUCGAGGCUCUUCCAAUACUGUGGACCCUUACAAAUUCAGCAGAGACCAGGGUUUCCGGGUUGUCCUGGCUGAAGAUUGCUGGCUCAAGUCAUUGGUGCCGCUGAUGGGAGAAGUCAGGAAACAGUUGGGGAACAAACCCAUUUACAUCAGUUUUGAUAUAGAUUCCUUGGAUCCUGCCUACGCUCCCGGUACUGGGACACCUGAGAUUGCAGGUCUCACACCCAGUCAGGCUUUGGAGAUCAUCCGUGGAUGUCAAGGGCUGAACAUAGUUGGCUGUGACCUUGUUGAAGUUGCACCAAUGUAUGAUAGCUCUGGAAACACAGCGCUCUUAGCAGCCAACCUGCUGUUUGAAAUGCUGUGCGCCCUCCCUCAAGUGAAAACUGUCUGAGUUGUUUCCAGGCUUCCAGCUGGUCAAUAUGAAAUUUGCCUAAACCCGCAGGCGGCUCCCAAGACACACUACAAGAACAGAAGGAUUAUUUUUUUUUUUAAUGAAGAGUUUAAGAAAUAAGCAACUUCACUUGGCUCUCAGGAA